AUGGGAAGAAGUCAGAAUUCGCAGGGGUUUACGCUAAGUAACCUUCCACAAUGUCCGCAUUACUUUGACAUGUUCGAUGUGUUUAAAAGUUGCGAGAUCGUAAGCCGGAAUUCUCUGCAACAAGCACAGCACUACAAAGAAAAACCUCAGGCUAGAGCUUCCGUAUCCUAUAUGGCUUGUUUAUGCUGGAAUCCGGAUGACAACAGCAAAUACGAAAAGUACGUUAAAGAUAUGGAAGAAUCUCUUGUUAAAUUAAGAUUGGCUGAACUGGCUAAAAUACGGAAUAAAGCAGAAGUCAAAGAAAACAUGCCACCUAUAAAUGGCACAAAUCAAAAAGAUGGGAAGUAUUAUUUGGUGCGGUUGGAAAUGGAGAAAGAGAAACUGAAUGCAUUGAUAGAUGCGGCUGAACGAGAUGCUAGGUUGUUGGAUUUACCUGAAGAAGCGCAUGGAAAAGUAAGAAACGCUGUUGGCAAAGCUCAGUUACUGUUGUCGAAACGAUUUAAACAGUUUGAAGACCUUUGUCACGAUAAUAUUGAAAACGAUCCUGACAAGAAAGAAACGAAAGCAACGGAUUUGUUGGGUUAUUGGGAUAUGAUGUUUAUACAAAUUGACGAUGUUUCGUCAUUGUUUGUCGAAAUUGAAAAGUUGAAAGCAAAUAAUUGGAUAUCACAAGACACGUUAGAUGGUCCAACGGCUGCAUCACCAAAUUCGUUAACGCCCAAAACGAAACGGAAGACCCAAAAUAAAUCUCCUCGACCGAAAAAUAAAAAUAAUAAUACGAUUGAUAACGAAAAGGUGAAAAGAGAAGCUCGUAACCGGUUGGCGGCUGCUCGUAAACAAGCGAAGUUACGGCAGCAACAAGAGCAGGGCCUGGCUGAUGAUUCUCUAAUAAUUAACGGCGGCAGCUUAAACUCGUCGUUAAAUGGCUCCACUUUCAAUGGUGAUUUGUCGUUAAAUUCUUCCUUGAACUCUUCUGUUGAGCUUUUAAGUAACCACGAUGGAGAGACUCACUCUCCACCCUCGUUAAAUGAUGGAAGUGAUGGAAAUUCUCCAGUCCCUGAGCCUACAGAUGAAACUAUAGAUACCGUGCCCACAAAAGACAAUGAUGGUACGACGCAACUGUCCCUUUCCAGUGGUGACAGUCAGUCACCAGUCUCCGGUGAAGACACUUCGUCACCACCAGUUUUGACUGUUACAGAAUCAACUUAGGUAAAAAGUUAUUUUCUUGUUUUUAUAAAUGGCACAAAUUUUUGUUAUCUGUAAAAAAUAUAAUUGUAUAAUAUUUUAUCUUUUACAAAAUGUUUUAACCGUUAUAUUUUGAACAACCUCGAGUCCAGUAACAAUUUUGUUCACUGGGAUAUAGUUUUGAUGUUAUCGUUUAUAUUUAACAACUUCUUUUUUUUUGGUCGGGGAAUUUAUUUAUUGAUUAAUUAAUUUAUAAUAAUCGCAUGAUACACCAACCUCGUACCUAACCCUUUUAAAAUUGAUUUUAUUUUCAUGAAUUGGCGAAGAUUUAACUGCAUUGUGAACUGUGACUUAGGAAGACAUCUGGCUCUUUUAAUUUUAAAACUGGUAGCUGUGUGUUUUUUGGUGAAGAAAUGUUUCGCUAUGUUCUCAGUUAAACAGACUAAUUCUUCACCUGUUGCACAAAACUUGCACGUUGUUGACCGAUUUACAGACAAAAAAAUCUAUAUUUAUUAAAGUGUUAUUUUUUCUUUUUAUUUUAAUCAACGAGUUUUUUUUAGUGUAAUAUUCUGUAAUUAGUUUUUUCUACUACGCACACAUACCGUCCUCAGCGACUCAAAUUUUACCAGAUGAUUUUUGAAAGUAACCUGUUUGACAAACUUUCGCUUUGAAAACCGUCUCGACUUGUUCCACGUUGAGUUGAGGUGUCUCACGUUGAGUUGAGCUGUUCCACGUUGAGUGUUUAAAACUUCAAAAAUAUCAUUCAAUGGAAGUAGACUGUGUUAUAUUUUAAUUUUAGACGGGAAACCAACUUAGUUCUUUAAGAUACUUUUAGUGUCAUAAGCAGUUGAGAAUGAAGAUUGUAUUUACCUAGUGUACUCUAUUUACAUUGUGUUCGUAUCGUGUACGUAUCGUGGAUGUCAUGACGUAUGAAGUGACAGCUGUUUUUAUUCUGCAUGUUCUGUAAAAUAUUGUUGCGUAUUUUCAAGCUCGUUUAUCAAUAAAAAUUUAAGUUUAAAAACCAGUGCUAAUGUAUUUAUGGAAAUUUCUAUUCGAUUUCGUGUUGCCUAACAAUGCUUGCAUGAUACUUCAAUAUCAGGCACUUUGUUUUUAUUCUAGAUUCGCGAAAAUAUUUACAUUCUAGAUUCGCGAAAAUAUUUACAUGCAUUUUGAGGUUAAUACCUGCUGCGUUUGUUGCCUUGUAUUUAUCGUUUGUUGUUCGUAAAAUUGAAAAAUUGUAGCUUCUAUUUGUUGAUUGUUUAUACCGAGAAAAAUACAUUGGAAGAAAUCUUUAA